UCUUCUUCUCGUUUUCAACCUCUGAAUCUCAGAUACGAAAUGUAUGCUUUGCCAAGGUUUUAGGGUUUCUUUUGUGCUUCGAUGCAACCUGUUAAUGUUUGAUUUGCUGCAUUUUUCCUUUGUAGUGACAUUGUGCUUCUUCUGUGUUGCAAGAAGCUUUUUGGCCUUCUGAACUUUUGGGAUGUAAGGAUUAAGGGACGGAGCCGAACAUUCUCUUGACAUUAAAGUCACUGGAGCGAUCGAAACAAUCUCAGGUUAGCUAAGGAGUUUCAAGCGUUCGAUGAAACCUAGUCAAGUCUUCAAUCCUAGCUUCUUCUUCUCCAAGGCAGGGUUUAGGGAUUAGAGGAUGAAAAUUGGAAGCUAUACUCCCAACUUGCAAAGCCAACAAGUUUAGGUCGCGAGCCCUCUUACUGCGGAGAGAACGGCGAAUGGCCUACUUCGAUCUCCUGUUGCAGAAGUGUUCUUCCUUCUCGCAAAUCAAGCAACUCCAAGCAAACCUCAUCACCAAUGGCCAUUUUCACUUCUCUUCCUCUCGCACCAAGCUUCUCGAGCUCUGCGCCAUCUCCCCCUUCGGCGACCUUUCUCAUGCCCUCCAUGUUUUCCGCCAUAUCCACUCCCCUUCCACCAAGGAUUGGAACGCCGUCAUUCGCGGCACCGCCUUGAGCUCCAAUCCCUCAAAUGCCAUUUUCUGGUACAGAACCAUGACCGCGUCAAAUGGGCCUCAUAGAGUCGACGCUCUCACCUGCUCCUUUGCCCUCAAAGCUUGUGCGCGUGCGUUGGCUCGUUCUGAAGUGAUGCAAUUGCAUUCACAGGUUUUGCGAUUUGGGUUCGAUGCUGAUGUUCUCCUGCAGACUACAUUGCUUGAUGCGUACGCAAAAGUUGAGGAUCUUGAUCAGGCCCAGAAGGUGUUCGACGAAAUGCCAGAACCAGAUAUCGCCUCGUGGAAUUCUCUGAUUGCUGGGUUUGCUCAGGGGGGUCGACCAAGCGAUGCUAUAGAUUUGUUUAAGAGAAUGAAGGAGGAUGGGAAUUUGAGGCCCAAUGAAGUAACCGUUCAAGGUGCUCUCUCGGCGUGUUCCCAAUUGGGUACUUUAAAAGAAGGUGAGAAUGUUCACAAAUACAUAGCAGAGGAGAAUUUAGACACAGUUGUGCAGGUUUGUAAUGUUGUUAUUGAUAUGUAUGCUAAAUGUGGAUCUGUGGAUAAAGCUUAUUGGGUGUUUGAGAAUAUGAGAUGUGAGAAAAGUUUAAUCACAUGGAAUACAAUGAUAAUGGCAUUUGCAAUGCAUGGUGAUGGACACAAAGCGUUAGAUCUUUUUGAAAAGUUGGGUCGAUCUGGUAUAUAUCCUGAUGCAAUAUCAUAUCUAGCGGUGCUAUGCGCCUGUAACCACGCAGGGCUCAUAGAGGAAGGACUUAAGCUCUUCAAUUCAAUGGUGCAAAGGGGUGUGGCGCCAAAUAUAAAGCAUUACGGAGUAGUGGUCGAUUUGUUGGGUCGAGCUGGGCGUCUGAAAGAAGCUUAUGACAUUGUAAGUUCAAUGCCUUUUCCUAAUAUGGUUCUGUGGCAGACUUUGCUUGGUGCUUGCAGGACUUAUGGGGAUGUAAAAAUGGCAGAGAUGGCAUCUAGGAAGCUAGUAGAGAUGGGCUUUAUUAGCUGUGGUGAUUUUGUUUUGUUGUCGAAUGUGUAUGCUGCUCGUCGGAGAUGGGAUGACGUUGGGCGAGUUAGGGAUGCCAUGAGAAGAAGGGAUGUGAAGAAGACGCCUGGAUUCAGUUACAUAGAAGUGAAAGGUAAUAUGCACAAAUUUCUAUAUGGCGAUCGAAGCCAUUCGAGUUGCCGUGAAAUUUAUGCAAAGCUUGAUGAGAUCAUGUUUAGGAUCAAAGCCAUUGGAUAUACAGCUGAAACUGGUAAUGUAUUGCAUGAUAUUGAGGAGGAGGACAAGGAGAACGUGCUGUGUUAUCAUAGUGAGAAGCUUGCUGUAGCCUUUGGAUUAUCUUGUACUGAAGAAGGGACCCCAAUCCAAGUGAUUAAGAAUUUAAGGAUUUGUGGGGAUUGUCAUGUUGUGAUUAAGCUAAUAUCAAAGAGUUAUAAUCGAGAAAUUUUUGUAAGGGACCGAACUCGAUUUCACCGGUUUAAAGAUGGUUUGUGUUCUUGCAAAGAUUAUUGGUGAUACUUAUUGGCGCAAAGGUUCUAAAAUAGAGACGUUUUCUUGGUAAAAGUCCUGUAUCUCACCGAUCAUGAGUUGGCUUAGAAUAAGCGUCGGGAAUGAGUUCAAUUCGAGGUGAACACCUACUUAGGAUUUAAUGUCCUAUGAGGAUCAAACCGUUGUUCUGUGAGAUUAGUUGAGGUACAUGACUUUGAACGGAUAUGAUAUUCAAAAAGAAAAUAAUGCCCAUAUGGCAAGUGUAGGAAUUAUUUAGAUAUUUCGUUGAUUCAAGGUCUAAGAGGCAUGGGGCGUGUCGAGACCGAGGAAGAAGGCAGCUGUGGAUAAUGGAACAUAGGAGUCGAUACUGAGGAAGAAGGCAGCUGUGGAUAAUGGAAUAUAGGAGUCGAUACCGAGGAAGAAGGCAGCUGUGGAUAAUGGAACAUAGGAGUCGAUACCCAGGAAGAAGGCAGCUGUGAAUAAUGGAACAUAGGAGUCGAGACCAGCAGCUGUGCAUAACGGAACAUAGGAGUCGAGACCAGCAGCUGUGCAUAACGGAACAUAGGAGUCGAGACCGAGGAAGAAGGCGGCUGCGAAUAACGGAACAUAGGAGUCGAGACCGAGGAAGAAAGCAGCUGCGAAUAAUGGACAUAGGAGUCGAGACCGAGGAAGAAAGCAGCUGCGUAUAAUGGAGAUAGGAGUCGAGACCGAGGAAGAAAGCAGCUGCGAAUAAUGGACAUAGGAGUCGAGACCGAGGAAGAAAGCAGCUGCGAAUAAUGGACAUAGGAGUCGAGACCGAGGAAGAAAGCAGCUGCGAAUAAUGGACAUAGGAGUCGAGACCGAGGAAGAAAGCAGCUGCGAAUAAUGGACAUAGGAGUCGAGACCGAGGAAGAAAGCAGCUGCGAAUAAUGGACAUAGAACAUAGGAGUCGAGAUCGAGUAAGAACGCAGCUGUGAAUAAUGAAACAUAGAACUUGUAACUUGGAUCAAGCGCUUUUGGUAGAUUCAUACAGAAAACGGCAACGAACAACAACAAUGCGCUGUGAAUCUGGUAAGUCUUUAUUCAUCGCUUACUUCCCUUUUUCCUAUUUAGAAAAAGUAAAAAAAAAUUUACCUUCCUAAUACAGAUACAAAUGUCACUGUUAAAAAGUGAAGUGAAAAUCUACUUGGUAGGAUUC